CAACAGAAAAUUAAUGAUGAAGAGGAAGGGACAGAGGCAGAGCGUGUUGGUGAGGAUCAUGGGUUCGCCAAUAAGGGCUUUGGGGAAAGCGAGGGACAUGUACGUGCGAAGCAUAACCAACUGUGGUCAAAACAUGAGCUAUGGAAACCCCAUGGACAGUGCUGGCAGAUUCUCGGCGUUGUCGAGAAGCCACAGCGCAGCCACGUCGAGGUCGGAGGGUAACGAGGAUUUCGCGGAGCUCGUGAGAGCAGCGUCUGCGAGAACCUUGGUGAAUCGAAUCGACAUGGAUUUGGUUCUCAAACAACAUCAUGGAAAUUCGACAGGGUUGCCAAAGUCUAGCAGUGUUGGGAUGGCUAAGAUUGAAGAGGAUAAGGCUUAUGAGUCUGAAUCAGAAGGGGGUGUGUCUGAUCCUUACCCCAGAAGUAAAAGCUACGCUGUGGGAAAGAGAAAUCUUCCUUUUUGA